UGACCUUUCUGUGGCUAACAUCACAAACUAAAAGACGCAAGAAUGGUACAUGACUAAUGGCGUUAAUUCGUCGUAGAACGUAGGCAUGGGUGUUCGUAAUCAGCAAUGCACAUAAUACGAUAGUAAUUUUUUUUAUGUAUGUUCUAGUGAAAAGUUUUCUGAUUUUACCUGGAGGCUGGAAGGAAUACAGUAACAGAUAUGUCAUUUUUUGAGGUUACACCCAUUCAAAACAUUUUGGAGAGUUGAUGAAUCAGGCAAAAGAGAAUAAAAUUCAGUUGUACUGAUAGUACAAUGUCAUCUUCUAACCAAAGAAUGAAGACUUUAUUUGGAGAUUUAGGUAAACCUACCCUUCGAGGAAUCCGUAAAUGUCCUAAAUGUGGCACAUAUAAUGGAACCCGUAGACUGACUUGUAAAAACAAGACUUGUGAUGUAGUUUAUCGUGAUAGUGGAGAACAUAAGAAAUCUUCAAGACCUGAUGCAGUGAGAAUCAUCACAGGAUCUACAGACCAGUUGUAUUCUGUGCGUGUUCGGGACAGAGGCCCAGACUACAGGAGGUUUGUUCAGCUACCCCUGAUUGAUGCCAUAGGUAACUCUGACAUCUUAAAGCAGGGGCCUGCCCAUUGCUAUGUUGAAACAUGUGUUAAAUCAGCCCAACAGCAGGAAUUGAACUUGAACCCUUGCCAUCACAUCAAGGCUGCUGUGAACUGUCUUACAGAAGGUCAGCCUUUAACUUUAAAAAAUUCUGUUCUGAAUGCAUUGCCUAUAUCAACAGAAAUCAAACAGUCAAUUUGGUUACUAGCCACAGAAACUGCUGGGCCUUUAGUACAAAGGGUGUCCAAAAAUACAAUGGUAGUAAAAUGUAAGACAAGUACAAAGCAACCUUUAGGAUUCCUCCAUUUUUCAUUUUUUGGAAUGUCCAGAACAAGGGAUGCACAAGAUCGACGUUUUCAAUGUAGCUGUAAAACUUUUAAGCAAGAAGGUCAGAAAAGGUGUGUUCACUUUUAUGCCUGCAUCUGUGCUUUUGCAAGUGAUGAAAAGCUAUCAGAAGAAUUUUCCCACUACAUAACAUUAGACAAUACUUCUUCCCCAGAAAGGCAUUUGGUUGCAAUACUUAGUGAUCCAGAAUAUCAACAGUCAUGUGAAGUGAAAGUAGAAGUUCUGCCUGAAACAGCCAGUCUAAUUGCUGCAACAGAAGUGUCUCCGGUUAUUGAAGAAGUCCGCACACUAAAGAAAAGAAAGAAAGAUGAUUCUUUAGUACAAGCUAGCAAUGCUCUGUUGACGCUGCAGGACAGUGUAACAGCAGUAAAUAAAUCCAAAACCUCAGCAAAGAGAUUAAUAGGAUCUCAGUCUACAAAAAAGACAGGAUCUGUACCUAUUGAUGAAUCCACAAUCUCCAUUAGUUUUGAACAAUGGCUUGCAAGUGUUACUGAACGAAUCAAUGAAACCAUGCAUUACCAAUUUGAUGGUCAUCCUGACCAUCUGGUUUUUCAUGCUCCUGAAACAUUUCUAGAUUGCCUACAACAGAGAAUAGCUAUUGGUGGAAAGAAAAAAAGGCUACCAAAUUCAACAACAGCUUUUAUAAGAAAAGAUGCAUUACCAAUGGGUACCUUCUUAAAAUAUACAUGGCACAUUACGAAUAUUAUACACCUCAAGCAGAUUUUUGACACUCCAAAGAUGCCAUUAGAGAUAACCCGCAGUUUUGUGGAAAACCGAGAUGGGACAUAUGACUUAUACAAACAACCAAGUACAGAAGUUGAGGAGCUUGCAGAAAAUUUCUGUAAAACUCAAAAUACACCACUGAUAAAACCCUUUGAGCUUAAGACUUUCCUUAAAGUUGGUAAGAAUGUAUUUUCAUUAUAAUUUUUUUCUAAUAAU